UUGCCAAAUUAAUGGUGAAAUUUUAUCAAAAUAUUACAUACAGAAAUUGAAAAAAAGGUUUUAAAAGGGGAGGUAACUAGUAUACAUAAAAAUCUAUUUGAAAUUUAUUAAAUGUGACUGUGUCUGUGUCAAUUGACUAAAGUUGAAAUAGCUACAUAUUUGAGAAGAGACAGCUGUGGAAGAAAGAUAAUUUUCUCAAAGAAAAAAAAAUCUAUUAAGUUUAUAUUUUCCUGAUUUUUCAAACUUUUUUUUGCAGAAAAAUGGCAUGGAUGUAUUGAAUUUCAGCUGUGCAUGUAAUUUUAUGUCAUAUAUGUUCUCAACUUAAUGUGUUUUUUUUCAGGUUGUGUAGUUUGGGAUCAGAAUUAUCAGACCAGUAUUACUUGUAGGACAUUGACGGCAGAAACUUGGAGUGUUACCACAAUGAUAUUUUCAUCAGUGAAGCACUUCUAGUUUGAAAUUAUGACCUCUGUAAUAUCUGAAUGUUUAAAAGAAUUAAAUCCAUCAUUUUCAUUAAAACCAAAACAGCUAGAAUGUCUGAACCAUAUCAUUGAAGGUCGAGAUGUUUUAGUUAAUUUACCAGUCGGAUAUGGCAAAAGCCUUAUUUACCAGAUGCUGCCAAGCAUUAUGGAGAGGAUGGGACGAAGCAGGACUGUGGUCUUGGUCAUAUCUCCACUUAAUAUAAUUCAGGAGGACCAACUUAAAAAGUUACAAGACCAUGGUAAAUUAUCCUACAUUUUACCAUUUUGUGAUGGGAAUUCAGAAGUAGAUUUAACAGGAAUAAUUGAUGGCAAAUAUUCGAUUAUAUUUUCACACCCAGAGACUAUACUGAAUACAGACUUUGGAAAGGUAUUGCUGCAAGAGCAAUCUUUCAUUGAAAGGCUGGCUGCAGUAUUUAUUGACGAAUGCCAUGUAGUAGAACAAUGGUAUGUUUUGCAUUUACUUCAAUUAAAACUUAUAUCCUAAAUUGACCUAGUAAAAGUGUGUAACCUCCUGUA